AGGACACACACACACACACACACACACGCUUGUACGUCUAUACAUACGUAUGUAUAUGCACUCCUUUGCGUUCCUCUUUCACGGCUCCUUUCUGCACCUUGAGCAACACACGUUUUCUUCCAUUACAGCGAACUCUGCUUUCUUUGUUCGCGGCACACGCAAAUAAUGUCUUCAUCUUCUGCGCUCGAAGUCCCUUUUAUCGAGGUGAUUUGCGGCUACCCCACGCGAGAGGCACUCUGCUGUGAGUGCCCUGCGCUGCUCUUUCUUGUGUACGAGCACAUCGUUGCCGAGCUGCAGGGAGGCCGCCGCGCCUACGACCCAUUCUACGGUACCGGGAGACAAGACAACUUGAGUGAGCUACUUGCGGCGCGCUCCGUGUCGGAAAUAUUUGAACGCCUUUACCCUGUGCCGCCCAGCCAACUCGGCGGCGCGGUGGACGCAGCUGCGACUGCACCGGGGGAGACACCCAAUAGCCUUUUCUGGAAGCAGGCACGCACGGCACUCGAGGCAGCCUGGGCAUCUCCCUAUAACAAGGAAGCUCGAGUGCUGCUCACGCAGGUGCGCGGGCAGCCCCAUUUUCACUUCACCGGCCCGCGCGACGACGUGACGCCUGGCAGCGGCUUCCCUCUUCACCCGGUAUCGUUGGAGAGGGCCCUCACGACGAGCAAACGUUUCCUGCGUACGGCGACCACGUGCGCCUUAGACGGCUCCACCGAUGCGCUGAAGGACGGACAGCAGGAGCUGCGCGCAGUGCUGCAGCUGGCGCGCCUCGUGCCUCACUCUUCUUCCUCCACGUCGAUGCAGUCGUCGAAGGUGGUGACACCGGAGGGGCUAAAUUUUUGCAUGGUGUCGCUGCAGCAGAGGUGGUGGGUGCUGCUGAGUGCCGCCCUCGAGCGCGCGCUCUUUCUCGCACGCGGCAACGGCAACAGCGCUGUCGCUUCCACGGUCACCAAGCCGGUUCUUUGGCAGCUCUUGGCGGUGCUUGCGGUGUUGGACACCUCCCAGUACAUUUUUGCCUUCCCGGAUCGACAGCAGGACGCUGCUGGACAUCACCUACUGGCCCGACUGGCGGAGGUGGGCCUGGUGUAUCCGAUGCUGAGCGAUGACCGGCGCUGCUUUGUCAUGAGUCCGGACUUUCUCCACGCCUUGCAUUGGCACGCCAGUGCGCCGCUCUCGUUGACCUUCACACAGCAGCUUCUUCGCAGUGGUGGCGGUGGUGCUGCUGGCGGCGGCGGCGACGUGCGUCGCGAAGACGCGGAUACGAUCAUAACCGAGACGAACUUCCGCCUCUACGCUUACACCGACGAUCCUGAUCUGCUGAACAUCUUGAAUCAAUUCGCCGAGCUGGAGGAGGUGGUGGGCGCCAGCCUGUACUGCUACCGGGUCACACGUGACAGCUUCGCGGCAGCCAUGCGCAAAGGCAUCACCGCCACCCAGGUGCUGCGUUUUUUGUCGUUGCGGGCGCACCCGAGCAUGCUGAAACGGUACGAGGAGCGGGGGCAGCCGCAGGUCGCAUCGUCGAGCGGCGGUGCCGGGCAGCGGCGAGGGGGCCGACGCACGGCUGCUGCUGCCGUGGACGCCGUCGCGACGCUCGUCGUCCCGCAGUCCUUUUGUGAUCAGUUGCGCAUGUGGGAGAGUGAGUGCCGCCGUGUUGUCUUCGAACACCACGUGGCGUUGCUGCGGAACGUGUCGGCGGAGCAGCAGCAGGCGGUCACGCUGUAUUUAACGGAGUCCGGAGAGGCGGAUGCGAUUGUGCACGCCGAGUCGGGUUACAUGGUGCUGCGUGAGGAGGUGUUUGAUCGCCUGAUUGCACCUCUUUUGGGGUAG